UGUUCUGUAGCAGUUAGGUCGUGAUGAAGGCCUACCUCUCUCUUUGAGGAGCUUGUGAUCAUGAAAUUUUUUAGCAGUGUAGAGCAGCUCCCAGUGGCAAGAAUCAGUCUGUCUUUGUGACCUGGGUCAUAAUUAUGGCAAGAUUUGGAAACCCUGCACCUAGUGGACCUGUUUCACAACCCAACGAGAGCAUGAAGUUUAUCAUAGCAGUUUCUAUCGGAGUUGUUUUGGGCUACUUCAUUGGAGUCUCACUUCCCGCAGUCAACAUAACAAAGCUCCACUUGCCCCGUAGCAACAUUGUAUGCACGGAGGAAGAUAGCCCAAGUCUCGACACUUCGACUUCUGGACACAAUCACAGCAGCAACAAUAGAAGACUACAUUCUAACUAUAGUCUCAGUCACAGCAGUAACAAUACAAGACUGCAUUCUAACAAUAAUCUGGAGAUAUAUGUUUCAACAAAUCCCCGAGGUGCAGAAAGACUACCACCGGGCAUGGUGGUAUCUGAAUCAGAUCUUUACCAACGCAGGCUGUGGGGGAAGCCAAGUGAGGAUUUACACAUCCUCCAGAAAUACUUGGUUUCAUUCACUGUUGGACUUGGCCAAAAGAAGAUUGUUGACGCGGCAGUCAAAAAGUUCUCUGAAAAUUUUACCAUCUUGCUGUUCCAUUAUGAUGGUCAAACAAGUGAGUGGGAUGAAUUCGAGUGGUCCAAACGGGCUAUUCAUAUUAGUGCUAGGAAACAAACUAAAUGGUGGUAUGCCAAGCGAUUCUUGCAACCUGACAUUGUCGCUCCAUAUGAUUACAUAUUUAUAUGGGAUGAAGAUCUAGGAGUUGAACAUUUCGAUGCAGAAGAGUAUAUUAAGAUUGUGAAGAAGCAUAGGCUGGAGAUAUCACAACCGGGAGUAGAUCCGAGCACUGGAUUAACAUGGCAAAUGACUAAGAGGAGAAGAGACAAAGAAGUCCACCGAGAGACGGAGGAGAAACCCGGCAGGUGCUCUGACCCUUGUCGUCCGCCAUGCUCCUCAUUCGUAGAGAUAAUGGCACCUGUGUUCUCCAGAGAUGCGUGGCGCUGUGUAUGGCAUAUGAUUCAGAAUGACUUGGUUCAUGGAUGGGGUCUUGACUUUGCUUUUAGGAGAUGUGUGGAGUCUGCCCAUAAGACAAUUGGCGUUGUGGAUUCUCAAUGGAUUGCUCAUCGAAACAUCCCUUCACUUGGAAACCAGGGCAAAGGAAAGAAUGAAAAGGCAGCAAAGCAAGGGGUGAGGCAACGAUGCUACGAAGAGGCGGCGACGUUCGGAACUCGAAUGGCAGAUGCAGAGAAGGCAUACUACAGGGAGAUGGGGAUGCUCCCCCUGAAGCGACAGCCAUGUGGACCAUAACAUGAUCAACUCUUUUGCUGGUGCAGUGAAGCAGCUUGCAGCUUGCAGUGGUAGAAGCAAUCACAUAUUCUCUGUAUGGACAACCCCAACGUUAACUCCCUUUUUUAUUUUUGUUUCUGGAUGAUUAAAUUUAACAUAAUUAUCUUUGUGAAGAGUUAUUACGGUUGA